GCAAGUCACAACGUGCCUGGCCCCCUCUCAUCCGGCGUCCACUGGCCAUCCAACGGCUGAAACAAAGCAAAGGCGGACCAGCUACAGCGCCUCGCUGCUUUUCCCUCGAGAGCGGGCAAGAUUGAGACUUUUCGCGGGCCUUCUCGAUUCAGCUCGGUCGUUCCCGCCGCGCCGCUGCAGAGGAGAGAACGGGCCGUCGCGGCGGAGAAGCAGGGCUCCGGCGGGAGAAGUGGAGGGGAGCCGCGCCGCUACUGGGUUGAGAAGAUUUCCUCGCGGCGGAGAAGAAGGGGUCGGCGUGCAGCGCCGCCGCGGAGGCUGCCGGCGCCAAACCAGAUGGUCUUCGCGGCGCCCCGGAGGAGGGCAGCACCACCGCGGCCGUCCUGAUGAUCUUCAACGCGAAGCCCUCAAGGAUCAGUCCGUGGAUUCAGUUUUUGAAGCUGGCCACCAAGAGAAUUUGAGUGAUAAACUAUGCAUUUGGGUGUUGUCUGUGUUACUCCAAUUUGACUGAAUUUGAAUAUUCUGUUGUGUGAGAGGGAAGCAAUGACUGAUAAGUGGAUACCUAAAGUUGGUUUGAGAUUCAAAACUCCAGAUGAUGCUUGGCAGUUUUGGCUAGCAUAUGGAGGUCGAGCAGGCUUUGAUGUGAGGAAAAGAAACACUAAUUUGAGAAAAAAUUGAUGGUAAAGCGACUUCAUGCAAAUAUGUUUGUUCCAACGAGGGCGUUCGAAAAAAAGGGCAAAUUGAUCAUGUGCCAAGCUUUUUAGAGCUGAAAUGAGGACAAAGUGUGAUGCUCAGAAUAAUUGUUUCAUUGGAUCGGAUGACUGGAAAUUAUGAAGUCAUCAAAGUUGUGCUACAACAUAAUCACUUACUUCAUUUGCCGCAAACCCGACACUUGAUGGCAUCACAAAGGAAAAUUUCGGAACUUCAAGCUUUUGAAAUAGAAACCGCCGAUAAUGCUGGAAUUAGGCCAAAAGCUGCACAUGACUUGGCUUGUCUUCAAGUUGGUGGGCCACUAAACCUCACCUGCACUUGUCGUGACCAUAAGAAUCAUCUACGGUGCAAGCGACAACGAGAGUUGGCUUUUGGACAAGCCGGUAGCAUGCUGAAGUAUUUUCAUGACAAAAUCGUUGAGAACCCAUCAUUCCAAUAUGAACUGCAAUAUGAUUGUGAGGAGCAUAUUACCCACAUAUUCUGGGUUGAUACUAAAAUGAUCAUUGACUAUGCACACUUUGGUGAUGUUAUGACGUUUGAUACUACUUUUGGCACAAACAAAGAAUAUAGGUCAUUCGGGGUUUUUCUUGGGCUCAAUCAGUUUAGAGAAACAACUAUCUUUGGUGCCGCACUAUUGUUGGAUGAAACAAAGGACUCAUUCAUAUGGCUUUUUGAGACAUUUCUAGCUGCCCAUAAUGGAAGACAACCCAAAACUAUUUACACCGAUCAAGAUGCAGCAAUGGGGAAGGCUAUAGAGAAAGUAUUCACAGAAUCAUACCAUGGAUUGUGCACCUUUCACGUAAUGCAGAAUGUCGUCAAACAUUUAUCUCCCGUGAAGGACGGAGAGAAAGAUGAAGGUGAAGUUGAAGGCGAAGAUGAAGAAUCUCAUAUCCUCUCCAAUUUUAGUGCUUGUAUGUAUGGCUUUGAGGACAAGACAACAUUUCAAGAAGCAUUUGAUAAUAUGAGAUGCAAAGUGCAUAAGCAAACUUGGUUAGAUAGUAUCUACAAGUUGAAAGAAAAAUGGGUCGAAUGCUAUAUGAGAAAUGUUUUCAGUUUGGGAGUACGAAGUACACAACUAAGUGAGAGCUUCAACAAUGCAUUGAAGAACCAUUUGAAAUCGGAUUUUCAUAUAGUUCGGUUUUUGAAGCAUUUUGAGAGGACAGUGGAAGUAAAAAUAAGUAAGGAACUAGAAUCUGAAUUUGAGGCAAGGAAGAACAUACGAAGGAUCAAAAUGGCCACACUUAUGUUGGUGGAAGCAAGCAAAGUGUACACUCCGGUUAUUUUUGAAACUUUUCAAAGUGAAUAUGAAAGAUCCAUGGCUGCUUGCGCCAAAGCAUUGGAUGGAAAUAACAAAUAUGUUGUUUCUAUUGUGAGCUUGGAUGGAACAUUUGAGCAAGAGCGCAUAGUCAUCGGUGAUCCUUUGGCCCAAACAGUUUCAUGUACUUGUGGAAUCUUCGAGAGGACAUGAAUAUUGUGUGCACAUGGUCUGAAAGUGCUUGACUUGAUGAAUAUAAAGACAUUACCAUCACACUAUGUGUUAAAGAGAAGGACUAGAGAAGCACAAAAAGGAAGUAUAUUGGAUAGGCAAGGAAGAAAUGUGGUAGAAAAUCCAAAACUAGAAGCUAUGCUUCGAUACAAGAAUCUAUCCCAUAAAUUUCUCACUUUGGCCAAAAAAAUAGCCAGCUCUGAAGAAUGUUGUUUGUUGUUAGAAAAUGCACUUGAUUCCGUUUCUCCACAGUUGGAGGAUAAACUCAAUGCAUCUUCUACUCCUACAAAUGAACCAAGCAAUGGACAAGAAAAUGUUGACCAAAAUGUUGUGCAACAAACAACCAAUUUUCUGAAUGCCGCACAACUAAAGAAAAAGGAGGUUCAAUCCAAAAACUCAAAGAGAGCCAAAAGUUGGAUUGAUAAGUUGCAGAAGGGAAAGCGCAAGUCAACUAAAUCUUCCACAUCAACAAAAGGAGUAAAGAAACAAAAGAAGAAUGAUGUUGUACAACCUCAUGUAGAAGUGAAGAAUGAUGUUGUACAACCUCAUGUAGAAGUGGAGAAUGAUGGCAGCAAGAAAGGAGCAAUUGUGGUGCAUGAAGAAUACAAUGUCAUUGGUAGUUUUACCCAGCUCUUGACAGCUCUGGCUUGUGAUGAUGAUAGUCUCUAUGACGGAAAUCUAUUCUAGUAUCUAGAAAUUGGUAUAUAGGAUUUUGGGGCUAACUUUUGGUAGACUGUGAGUAUUUUGGAGACUAACUAUGGACUUGUUGUAGUAUCUAUAGGUG